UAAAUAAAAAAAAAAAAAACAACAAUCGCUGAACAAAAUGAUGGGAGAUGCAGUGCGGCAGGGUGAGGUGAGCAGAGCGGUUUGUCCGCUGGGCGACUGCCAGGCUCUGCUGGGACAGUCCGAGUUGCUGCGCCACCUGUUCAGCGAGCACCUAGUGGAAACGCCUACGAAGGCGGCUAAUUUUGGGCUGCGCAUGCGCAAGGUGCGAACUGGGGAGUGCACCUUGCUGCUGAUGGUGCAUCAGCAGCUGGUUGCUGGCCACGAUCAUUGCCUGGGAGUGUUAAACUGGACGGGUGAUGGCAGUCGAAACCUGUCGCCGCCCCAGCUCAAUCUGCCGCUGUGCCAUCGAUCAUUGUGCAGCUGUUUGCCAGUGUUGGUAAUGGUCUGCAAGACCACAUGGCCGGGACUGCUCUUGAAUUCCGAACAGUUUGAUAAUGAUGGCUCCAGCAUGGGCUAUCUGUAUGUGUUCUGGCUUGUGGCACCCGCGACACAGCGCCCCGUCUGCGCCACGCUGGGCUUCCUCAACCGGGAGCUGCAAUGUGGGCUGCGCGUUUGUCGCCAGCUGCGCAAUUUUGCCACCCGCAUGCACAUCAAUCAGUUCCUGCUGGGCGCGGAUAGGCACUAUCUGACGUUGAGCGAGAGUCAGAUGGAUCAGAUGUGCAGCCCCAACGAGGGUGGUUCCUUUCUCGAGGUGGUCAUUGUAGACGGCGGCUAUUAGCCAGAAUUGAAAUGAAAUGGAACGAACGAAACCUGGAAAACUUUUGCUUUGCACGCAUUUGAAUAUUUGUAAAUUUAUGCAAAUUACAUUUGAUUAUAAAAGAUGAAAACAACAAAAAAC